GCCGGAUSUGGCAACCCGCUCCACUUCCUGUCCCCAGCGGCUCGCAGCCAUGAUGCAGGAAGGGCUGGACGACGGACCCGAUUUCCUCUCCGAGGAGGACCGGGGGCCCCGGGCGGUGAACGUGGACCUGGAGAUGGACGCCACGCUGCAGGUGGACAUCUCUGAUGCUCUCAGUGAGAGAGACAAGGUGAAGUUCACCGUCCACACCAAGAGCACGCUGCCUAACUUCAAACAGAACGAGUUCUCUGUGGUCCGACAGCACGAAGAGUUCAUCUGGCUGCACGACUCGUUUGUGGAGAACGAAGACUAUGCAGGAUACAUUAUCCCCCCGGCCCCUCCCAGACCAGACUUUGAUGCCUCCAGAGAGAAGCUGCAGAAGCUGGGAGAGGGAGAAGGAUCCAUGACCAAGGAGGAGUUCACCAAGAUGAAGCAGGAGCUGGAGGCAGAGUACCUGGCCAUCUUUAAGAAGACGGUGGCCAUGCACGAGGUCUUUCUGUGUCGUGUUGCCGCUCAUCCUGUCCUCAGGAAGGACCUGAACUUCCACGUCUUCCUGGAGUACAACCAGGAUCUGAGCGUACGAGGGAAGAACAAGAAGGAGAAACUGGAGGAUUUCUUUAAGAACGUGGUGAAAUCAGCAGAUGGUGUCCUGGUGGCUGGAGUCAAGGACGUGGACGACUUCUUUGAGCACGAGAAGACGUUCCUGUUAGAAUAUCACAACAGAGUGAAAGAUGCUUCGGCCAAAUGUGACCGAAUGAUCCGCUCUCAUAAAAAUGCUGCUGACGACAUGAACAGAAUCGCCUCAUCCCUCUACACGUUAGGAACACAGGACUCCACGGACCUCUGCAAGUUCUUCCUGAAGGUGUCGGAGCUGUUUGAUAAAACAAGGAACUCAUCGACUUCAAGACGAGAAGAGUGGCAGCGUUCAGGAAGAACUUGGUGGAGCUGGCAGAGCUGGAGCUCAAACAUGCCAAGGGAAACCUCCAGCUGCUGCAGAGCUGCGUGAGCGUCCUGAAAGGUACCACUUAACUGUCGGACCCGACCCGACCCGCUGUGAGGACGGACGGCGCUGAGAACUGUGGACCAGAGACACAACAGAGACAGGAAGUGACACAAAGUCUGUUUUCUUCAUCACCAAACACCCAGACCCCCUGCUGGGUCAGACCCCCUGCUGGGUCAGAACCCCUGCUGGGUCAGAACCUGGACAGGUCCUCCUGACACACAGUCAGAACUGCAGCACCUCCUGUUCUUUCUGAUCCAGCAGGACCACCCAGGUCAGUUUGGAGCUUGGAUGGAUCCCUGCAGUCUGGAUCCAUCCUGGUCUGACCCACUCAGCUGGAUUUGAUUCAGAACCCGGGCCCGGUCCUUCUUUAAGCCCUCCCUUUGGGUUUUUAUUCUGUUACCUAAAAAACUGAUCGGUCCAGUCUGGUUCUUCUGGUCCCCCUGUAGAACAAACUGGAUCCAGUCUGGUUCUUCUGGUCCCCCUGUAGAACAAACUGGAUCCAGUCUG